GGCGCCCCCCCCGCUUCCCGGCGGCCCCCGCGGCGCCGGCUCCGCUGGCCCGGCCGGUCGCUAUGGCGGCGCCGCAGCCCGCCGCGCUCUGCCUCUUCGACGUGGACGGCACCCUCACCGCCCCGCGCCAGAAAAUCACAGCGGAGAUGGCCGCGUUUCUGCAGAAGUUGCGCCAGAAGGUGAAAGUUGGAGUCGUGGGUGGUUCAGACUUCGAAAAGAUCAAGGAGCAGCUUGGCGAUGACGUGGUUGAAAAAUUUGACUACGUUUUUCCAGAAAAUGGUCUUGUAGCAUACAAAGAUGGGAAAUUCUUGAGCAAGCAGAACAUUCAGGGUCACCUGGGUGAGGACAUACUUCAAGAUCUAAUCAACUACUGCCUGAGUUAUAUUGCGAAGAUUAAACUGCCAAAGAAAAGGGGCACUUUUAUUGAGUUCCGAAACGGCAUGUUAAAUGUGUCCCCCAUUGGACGAAGCUGCAGCCAGGAAGAACGAAUCGAGUUCUAUGAACUUGAUAAAAAGGAACAUAUAAGAGAGAAAUUUGUAGCUGAUUUACGAAGAGAAUUUGCAGGAAAAGGCCUCACAUUUUCUAUAGGAGGCCAAAUAAGCUUCGAUGUGUUCCCAGAUGGCUGGGAUAAGAGGUACUGCUUAGGAAUCAUUGCCAAUGAUGGAUACAAGACGAUUUACUUCUUUGGAGAUAAGACUAUGCCAGGAGGGAAUGACUAUGAAAUUUUCACAGACUCCAGAACAGAAGGCCACAGCGUCACAUCCCCACAGGAUACAAGAAGAAUCUGUGAAGAGCUAUUUUUUAAAUAAAAGACUUAGAAUUCACACUUACAAAACAGUCAAGACAGCUUAAUAACAACUCAAAACAUCUUCCUUCAUUCUGUAUUGUUUUUUGUAAUUGAUCAUGAAUAGCAAGUGCUUUGCAGGUCAGUCAUUACUGAAGAGAAAUGUUUUAAUUGAAGAGAACCUUGCUGACCAGUGGAAUACAGCGGAGCUUAUUUAGCACCAUCCUUUCACUGUUUCCAUUUACACAAGUACUUUGUUCUCCUUUUGGCUGGUUGUUUUUUAAGUCAUCAGUAAAAUUCCUUAGCUAAUUAAUUACACCAGGGUGGGGAGGCAUAAUCUGCCUAUAGUUGAUUUAUGGUCUCAAAAUCAGCCUGCAAGGCUUUAUCCCUAGUUUUUAUUUUGAAGCUGCUAUUUAUAAGAUGAACUUUUUAGAGUUGUUUUUUUUAAAAUACUGCGUUGUGCUAUAAAGACAUGAAUUGUAAGACAGUUGGAAUUUUCUUGUUUAAAACUGGAAGAUGAAUCAAAGAGACAGGUUUUAUUUCUUUCUGGGGUUGGGAAGGUAGAACUGAGCCAGAAGUCCCUGACCUCACACACGUUCCAGUGAUGGUCAGAAGGUGCAUUGAGUCUACCACCACGGGAAAGGCUGGACCAACUCGUGCUAAAGUUACCUCCUCAGUACAGUUGCAGUGCCAAUGCACAGUACGUUUCAAGGUACCUACACUUUUUGCAGACUGUUUUUAAAUCU